AUGUCUCGUUCAGAGUCAAUCAUAUCGAAGGAAAGGACCUCACUGCGUGAAGAUGCGGCUGCAGAUUCGAAGGAAGGGCCGCUGACGCCUUUCAGUCGAGAAGACGAUAAGCGUUUGCUCAGGAAGCUGGAUUGGCAUCUGCUACCAUUCGUGUCCCUUCUCUACCUCUUAUCCUUCCUGGACCGGAGCAACAUAGGCAAUGCGAAGGUGGCCGGUAUGGCCCACGACCUCAACCUCGUCGGGCUCAAAUACAACUUGGCCGCAGCUUUGUUUUUUAUCCCGUAUUGUCUCGCAGAAGUUCCUUCGAAUAUUGCUCUCAAGCUGCUCAGGCCGUCAAUAUGGAUACCUUCCAUAACGGUUGCGUGGGGGCUUGUCAUGACUCUUAUGUGCUUGGUUAAUAGUUACGCCGGUCUCUUAGUUGCGCGACUAUUCCUGGGUCUCGCUGAGGGUGGCUUGUUUCCCGGAGUAACCUAUUACUUGUCUCUGUGGUAUCCGCGCGCGAACCAGCCAUCCCGCGUUGCCAUCUUCUUCUCGGCAGCCACUGUCGCUGGUGCUUUUGGAGGUAUAUUGGCAUUCGGCAUCGAGAAGAUGGAAGGCAUUGCCGGCUUGCACGGCUGGCAGUGGAUAUUCUGCUUGGAAGGGAUCUUGACGGUCGUCGCAGCGGUCUUGGCGUAUUUCUACAUGCAUGACUAUCCCGAGACUGCUCGUUUCUUGACACCUGCAGAACGGGACCGCGUAAUCCACAUGCUCAAGGAAGGACAAGAUUUUGCGACCCACUUCGAGUGGAGGUUCGUCUGGGAUGCCUUGCGGGACUACAAGACUUAUGUGCAAAUCGGCAUCUACAUGGGCCUACUCAUCCCAGUCUAUGCUAUUUCGCUUUUUACGCCCACCAUAGUCAACAAUUUGGGCUAUACCGCUGCGCAUGCGCAGCUACUCACCGUGCCACCAUUUGUGGCGGGAUGCAUCGUCACUAUCGUAGUCGGAUUCCUCUCUGACAGAUACAAGCUUCGGGGACCAUUCAUCAUCUGUGGCGCCUUCGUGUCGCUCAUCGGCUAUAUUGUCCUCUACACGCAGACAGCUCCUGGUAAAGCGUACGUCGGUGCCAUUCUGGCAGCCGUCGGGGUCUUCCCGACAAUAGCGGUUGACCUUGCUUGGGCUGGCGGUAAUGCUGGAGGCGACGUGAAACGAGGUGUCGUCAUCGCGAUGGUGAUUGGUAUUGGGAACCUCGGCGGUAUCUGCUCAUCCUUCAUAUACUAUAAUCCCCCCAGAUUCCAUGUAGGGCAUGGAACCAUCAUGGGUUGGCUGAGCCUCUCGAUUCUCCUGAGUACCUUUGCAAUGUUCGACUAUUAUAGGCUCAACAAGCGGAAGGAAGAACUGUGCAAGCGAGAAGGGAUCGACGAGAGUCGCAAAGACGAAUUCCGACACCUGGACGAUAAGAGUCCUCUUUUCCGCUAUGUUCUCUAA